AUGCGGCAACAUCUUGAUUCUCUAAUCUUAAGAGGCGGUCGUCUACUGCAACAAUUUGUUGUCGAUAACUGUGUGAAAAUGCAAGCCAAUAAUUUGAGGUGGAUUGCACUCAACCAAGAUAAGAUACGUGCUGAUUUGUACAAGGGUUUAGAGGAUUCUUUACAUGCUGGAGAGCAUAACACAGAAAAUGUUGGACGACGGACCAUACUACCGUCUUCAUUAGUUGGAAGUCCAAGAGAUAUGCACCAGAGGUAUCAAGAUGCCAUGGCAUUGGUUCAUAAGUUCGGCAAGCCCGAUAUAUUUCUUACAAUGACAUGCAAUCCAUCUUGGCCAGAGAUACAAUCAGAAUUGUUGGCCGGACAAGUUCCAAACGAUCGUCCAGAUCUGCUGACACGGGUUUUUCAUGCUAAACUUGAAGAGUUGAAAAAGGAUGUUCUAGAAAGGGGCGUCCUCGGAACGGUUGUUGCUUAUGUAUAUGUGAUUGAAUUCCAAAAGAGGGGUCUUCCACAUGUUCAUAUGUUAUUAAUUCUUGAUCAAAAUGACAAGCUAACCACUCCGGAUGACUUUGAUAAGAUUGUGAGAGCAGUGAUUCCUGAUGAACAACAAGAACCAAAAUUGUAUAAGGCAGUUCUUAAACACAUGAUUCAUGGCCCAUGUGGUGUUCUCAACCACAAAUCCCCGUGUAUGAAACAAGGAAGUUGUAAGAAAGGAUUCCCUAAGGAAUUCUCCAAUGAUACAAAGCAAGGCAAUGACUCAUAUCCUCUUUACCGUCGUCCACAAGAUCGUCCAGCAGUACCGUUGCGUGAGAAUUCACGAGUUCGUGUAGAUAAUCGGUGGGUAGUCCCAUAUAAUCCAUUUUUGCUCUUAAAGUACGAUUGUCACAUCAAUAUUGAGAUAUGCAGCAGCAUCAAGUGUGUCAAAUAUCUGUAUAAGUACAUCCAUAAGGGUUCAGAUAGAGUUUCAAUGGAAGUUCAUAACGGAGAUGAGAUUGCACAAUAUGUCGAUGCACGGUGGAUUUGUGCACCCGAAGCUAUGUGGAAACUUUACAAAUUCCCCAUGACUAGAAUCUGUCCUGCCGUAGAUCGUUUGCAGGUUCAUUUGCCAAACAUGCAUCAAGUGAGGUUCGAAGGGAACCAGCAAAUCUCAAGCGUGUUAGCGAACCCAAGAAACUCUAAGACGAUGCUCACUGAAUUUUUCAAGAUGAAUUCAGUCGAUCCAAAUGCAAGGAAAUAUCUUUAUCGAGAAUUUCCUGAGCAUUACAGAUGGUUAACGAGUUCACGUGAAUGGCAGAAGAGAAAAAGUACACAACGAGUUAUGGGUCGAUUGUAUGUAGCUUCACCAUUGGAAGGAGAACGAUUUUAUUUGAGAAUGUUACUCAAUCAUGUGAGGGAGCGUACAUCGUUCGAACAUUUAAGAACGAUCAAUGGCGUCACACACCCUACAUUCAGGGCUGCAGCUGAAGCCCUCGGUCUAAUCGAAAAUGACGAAAGCAUUCGUCAAUGUCUUUUAGAAGCAUGUUCAGUACGAAUGCCAUCUGCAUUACGUCGGUUAUUUGCAACCAUAUUGGUAUACUAUCAACCAACUGGAUUACGAGCACUCUGGGAUGAGUUUUUCCCUUACAUGGUUGAGGAUUAUCCAGCCUCAAACACAACAAGUAAUUCUGUUUUCCUCACUAACAAACUUUUGCAAGACAUAGAUAGGUUAUUAAGUUCACUUAGAAAAAGGAUUUCUGACUACACGGAGUUGCCAAGCUUACCUGAAUGUACUGAUUACAUUGACGAGCUUCCUUCUAUCAUGGAAGAGUACUUUUCUGUUCCGGUUCCAGAUGAGGAUUUGGCAUGCGUUGGCACUCUCAAUAGUGACCAACAAGUUGCAUACGACACAAUAAUGAAUGCUGUCAUUUCAAAGGCUGGCUGUUCUUUCUUCGUCGAUGGUCCUGGGGGAACCGGAAAAACAUUUUUAUACAGAGCCCUUCUUGCUACUGUAAAGAGUACAGGCGAAAUAGCUAUCCCCACUGCAACAUCUGGAAUUGCAGCAACGUUGUUGCACCAGGGAAGAACAUCACAUUCGACUUUUCAGCUUCCACUUAAUCCAGACAGCUCAUCAACUUGCUCAUUUACCAAACGUUCUAAAACUGCAAUUCUCCUAAAAAAUUCUGCCAUUAUCGUAUGGGAUGAGGCCCCAAUGACACACAGAUAUCAAUUUGAAGCUGUUGAUCGAUCACUCAAGGAUUUAAUGGGGAAUGACUUGCCGUUUGGGGGAAAAAUUAUUGUGUUCGGUGGUGAUUUCAGACAGGUUUUACCGGUGGUUCGAAACGGAACUAGAGCUCAAAUGAUUGACGCAUCUUUUGUCAGGUCCCCUAUGUGGAGACAUAUUCGUAUUUUGCGUUUGAGAGAAAAUAUGAGAUCAAUUGAUGAUAACGGCUUUGCUAAUUUCUUACUCUCUGUUGGGAACGGUAAUGAACCUACUGUUUCAGAUCAGAUGAUAAGGUUACCAACUGCCAUGAUUAUACCAACAGUGGCAGAUAGUUCGAUCGAGGCUUUGAUCGACCAAAUCUUUCCAAGUUUAAGUGAGCACGUUGGUGAUGGAAAUUUUAUAGUUGAAAGGGCGAUCAUCACACCCCUGAACGAAGACGCUGAUAGAAUAAAUAAUAAGGUUGUCGAAAAGUUUCUCGGAGAAGGAAAAACGUAUUAUUCGUUUGAUUCUGUUCCUGAAGAUAAGAGAAAUUUGUACCAACAAGAGUUUUUGAAUUCGAUUUCUGCGUCGGGAUUGCCUCCCCAUGCUCUCACCCUGAAACCUGGGGUACCCUUAAUGCUUUUGAGAAAUAUUGAUCCUAAACAUGGUCUUUGCAAUGGAACACGGUUGCUUUGCCAUUCAUUAAAGGACAAUUUUAUUGAUGCUGAGAUAUUAACCGGACAUUCUAGGGGGAACAUAGUGUUUUUGCCAAGAAUUCCCUUGAAAACUGCUGAAGAUAUUAAAUUGCCAUUCGAGAUGGUCAGAAAGCAAUUUCCUGUGAAGUUGAGUUUUGCCUUGACUAUCAACAAGUCUCAGGGACAAACUAUUCCACAUGUUGGGAUAUACCUCCCCGAUCAUGUAUUUAGCCACGGCCAGCUAUAUGUGGCAUUAUCACGAGGAAUUUCAGAGAACACGACAAAGAUCGUGGUAGAAAAGGGAAAGGUUCAAGGUUGUGAAGGCAUAUUCACUAAAAAUAUUGUGUACAAAGAAGUUUUGUUGUCUUAUGAUUAG